AAUUGAGUAUUUUUGGGCCUCGUAGAAAAGGGAGGGCUCAAGCCAGCCAGCCUGGUAAUCUGCUAAUCAGCUACACCUGAUUAGCUUAGGUAGGGAACCAGAGCGGCCUGCGGGGAAAUAUCAUGUCGCCAUUGUCCAACCAGAAGCCAGCCGCUGGGGCAUGGUCCGUGCUCAUAUCCCUGCUCUUUGCCUUGCAGUUGCAGUUGCCGACCAGAGACCGUCGGAGACUCAAAUGGGUUUCUCCUUCCCUCACAAAGGAUGGAGAUGGUUCCAUAGAGUUUGAACCAGGCCACGCAGCAUAUCUAGGUUCAAGUCUUGCAAACACAAACCUGCCUGCCUACGGACUCUGCGGCGCUGUGCGACAAUUUGUGUGUCUGAUUGCAUCUCCCGUCGCACCGCUUUCCCUUGCAAAGCAAAACCAAGCGAGUGAUUGCGCUGGUUACAGGCGUUUCGUUAUCCAAUCCUCCAGCAAACAAAUCAACUCAUUCGUAGGUAGGUUCAUUCGUUGUGGUCACCGAAGCUGCCAUCAUGCUCGGUGCCCGAUUAUUCCCUAUUUCCAUCGUUCCGGUAUCACGAACGGAAGGAACCUGGGUCUCAGCCAAGGCAUCCGAGUUGAGGUGCCAGGUAGGUACUGCACCUCAGUAGGUAACGAGGUGUAUCCACCUAACAUAGUCCUAGAGGCUACCGAGGUGGUAGUGUUGUUGUGGGCAAACGGCAGUCAGCGACGGGAAUGGAGAUUGAUGCGGCAGCUGGCUUCUGCUGGGGGCCGCGGAUGCGUGUGUUUGGGUCUUGGGACGGGCCACGCAACCCAAUGAUACUCACCAUCUCGGAGUCUCCGGUGCGUGGCCAGUUUCUCGCAGUCGUGGAAGCAAGCACUUGUCCCUCGACUCGCCGGCCCAGACAAUCAGGCAGGUCGCAUCCGCAACCAUCCGCCUCUCUCUCCACUGUACAUACUGCACUGCGCCUUCAUUGGCGCCAUGGC